AUGCGGUGUGCUUGGCUGGCAGUUCCAGUCUUGCUCCUGGCUGGGAUCCAUCCCUGCUUGCACGCGCUGCUGGCGAAGAGGUUUCCUGUAGCCCCCGGCGCGGUGCUGGUGACCGGGGCGAGCAGCGGUAUCGGACUACAUGCCGCAGUGGCUCUGUCAUCGGAGGUCCUGGUCUUCGCCGGCGUGCGCUCUGCGCGGGAUGCCGAUCGGUUGAAGCAGAGCUACCCCAUGCUGCAGCCGGUCGUUUUGGAUGUGACCAACACCGAGCAGAUCCGCACGGCUCGUGACGAGAUCGCUGCCAUGCUGGAUGCUAAAGGGCUGAAGUUGGUCGGCUUAGUCAACAAUGCUGGAGUCUCCCGACACCUCAUCUUCGAGUACGAGAAAUUGGAGGAAGUCAUGGCGCUGUACGAUGUGAAUGUCUUCGGUGUCUACCGCGUGACCCAGGCCUUCUUGCCCCUCCUCCGUGCCAGCGGUGCGGGCCGCGUGGUCAACGUGGGAUCUGUGGCGCCGACUCUGCCAACCAGCGGCUACACUAGCUACGCGGGAUCCAAGAACGCGCUGGAGUCCAUUAGCGAUGUGCUGAGGUUGGAGCUUGCACGCUACAACAUGUCGGUAAGCCUUCUCAAGCCUGGCAUGGUCCAUUCGGCGCUGCAUGGAAAGAUUUCAGGCGGCAAUGCUGCUUGGCGCCGAGCCGAGGACGUGGAAGGCUUCCGUGCGGAAUGGGGCGAUUGGGCAGACCGCUUCGAGGACCAGCGGCGAGAUCGCGAAGCCAAAGCCGAUGGAGCCGAAGUAACGACCGAGGCCAUACGCCAUGCUCUCCGCUCCGAGUAUCCGCAGACACGGUACGUAGUUGCAAAUGUGCAUGGUGUCCCGUGCCAAGUCCUCGCCUGGCUAAUGUGGCUGCUGCCGGAUCGAGCUCGGGAUAUCGUGCUUUCGUAG